CCAUUUUUGACCUAAUCCUCUCCCCUUAGGAAUCUUAUCCUGCGGUGCCCCCAAUCUGGUCUGUGGAGUCUGAUGACCCUAACUUGGCUGCCGUUCUGGAGAGACUUGUGGAUAUAAAGAAAGGGAAUACUCUGCUGUUGCAGCAUCUGAAGAGGAUCAUCUCUGACUUGUGCAAACUGUACAACCUCCCUCAGCAUCCAGAUGUUGAGAUGCUAGACCAGCCCCUGCCAGCCGAGCAGUGCACACAAGAAGAUGUUUCUUCUGAAGAUGAAGAUGAAGAGAUGCCUGAGGAUACAGAGGACCUAGAUCACUAUGAAAUGAAAGAAGAAGAGCCAGCUGAAGGGAAGAAGUCUGAGGAUGAUGGCAUUGGGAAGGAGAACUUGGCCAUAUUAGAGAAAAUUAAAAAGAACCAGAGGCAAGAUUACUUAAAUGGCGCAGUGUCUGGCUCGGUGCAGGCCACUGACCGGCUGAUGAAGGAGCUCAGGGAUAUUUACCGAUCACAAAGUUUCAAAGGCGGAAACUAUGCAGUCGAACUAGUAAAUGAUAGCCUGUACGAUUGGAACGUCAAACUCCUCAAAGUUGACCAGGACAGCGCUUUGCACAACGAUCUCCAGAUCCUCAAAGAGAAAGAAGGAGCUGACUUCAUUCUCCUCAACUUUUCUUUUAAAGACAAUUUUCCCUUUGACCCGCCAUUUGUCAGGGUUGUCUCUCCAGUCCUCUCAGGAGGGUAUGUUCUGGGCGGAGGUGCCAUCUGCAUGGAACUUCUCACCAAACAGGGCUGGAGCAGUGCCUACUCCAUAGAGUCCGUGAUCAUGCAGAUCAGUGCCACCCUGGUGAAAGGGAAAGCACGAGUACAGUUUGGAGCCAACAAAUCUCAAUACAGUCUGACAAGAGCACAGCAGUCCUACAAGUCCCUGGUGCAGAUCCAUGAAAAAAAUGGCUGGUACACACCCCCCAAAGAAGACGGCUAACCCCGGAGUCUCUCCCUCCUCCCUCCCUAGGCACCACUGGACCAAUUACCUUGGAAUGCUGUAUUUGGAUCUUACGCUGACUCUGUGGUUCCCUCCCUCACUCACUCUUUUCCUGGACGUGAUAGCUCUGCCUAUUGCAGGACAAUGAUGGCUAUUCUAAACGCUAAGGAAAAAACAAACACAGAACUGUUUCAGAUAUUCAAGACUGACUUACAAACCAACCAACCACCUUGCUGGAACCCUUGCUAGCAGGCAUUCUUAUAAAAGAAACUUUUGAGCCUUCUUAUAUUGCUGGAAACUCAGCUGUGCUCCUGACUAGAGCAGCCUCCUUACCUAUGCUAUGGAUUUUUAAUUUAUUUUCUCUUAUUUCAUGUACACUGCUUUUUUUGGUUACAGUGUAUGAUGGAUGUGUAUGGAAAAAAAUGUAUCUUUGGGAAAACAAUUACAGUUUGUUAAUUUGAA